UGAAUAUUUUUUCUAAAAUCAGAACUAGGGCGGGACUAAAGAAUAAAUUUUGACACGAUGGCGAUGCGUUAUGAAGAGAUGCCAUUUCCCAUCUAUCAAUCACCUGUAAUUGGUGUGAAAACCUCAUCUUGUUCAGGUUUGGAAAUCAUCUUUACUGUCAUGUAUUGAACGAUGGUAGAUAUAAACUGAGAACUGGACAUUUUUCGUUUUCUUCACUUAUGGAUAAUAUUGACUUACGUGCCAUUAUCUGGGUAAAGAGGAUUUUAUGGGUAUAUAGAAGGGGGCCGUAAAUAUUUCUGUACAACCUGAUCCGAAUUGAACAUGAACUACCUCAAAAUUUGUGUUUGCCUACUGUGGCUUCUAUGUUGUAUACGGACGACAAAACAGGAUGCAGAAUUUUGGAAUUCUAUGGCCCAGGAAGACCUUCAGAAACUUCUUCAGAAGCAGUGGAACACUAAUAUCGCUAAGAAUAUCAUCUUAUUCGUGGGAGACGGAAUGGGGAUCCCAACAAUAACUGCGGCGCGGAUCUACAAGGGGCAGCAGCAAAACAAAACAGGGGAGGAAUCAAAACUAGUGUUCGAGGAAUUUCCAGAAAUAGGACUUAUAAAGACAUACAGCGUUAAUGAACAGGUACCAGAUUCAGCUGGCACUGCUACGGCCUUUCUCUGUGGGGUCAAGGCUAAAUCCGGGGUACUAGGACUGGACGACAGGGCAGACGAGGCUAACUGUACAACGUCUGUCGGAAAAGAAGUAGAUUCAAUUUUAAGAAUGUCCAAGAAAAAAGGAAAAUCAGUGGGAAUUGUCACAACUACACGGUUGACACACGCAACCCCAGGAGCAGCUUACGCACAUUCAGCAAGUCGUACGUGGGAGGGGUCGUACGACAUGGAACAGGAAAUGGUGGACCCCCAGUGCACGGACAUCGCAUACCAACUCGUCAUGAACAACUCCGAUAUAAAUGUACUAAUGGGAGGAGGAAGAAGAUUCUUUUUGUCAGAAAACAAAACAGAUCCAGAAUCUAACUUCACGUUUCGCCAUCAAAGAAAAGACCUAGACCUCGUAGAUGAGUGGCUGAGAGUGAAAGAAGAAGAGAAUGCGUCUCACAGUUACGUGUGGAAUAACGCGGGAUUUAACGCCAUUGAUCCUGAAACAACAGAUUACAUGCUUGGUUUAUUUGAGCCGUCCCACAUGCAGUACGAAUUUGAACGUGACCAGGGGCCAUUUGGAGAGCCAUCUUUGGCGGAAAUGACGAGGAAAGCCAUAGAAAUUCUAAGAAAAAACGACAAGGGCUUCUUCCUUCUCGUGGAGGGCGGGCGUAUAGAUCAUGGCCAUCAUGCCACACGGGCCGCCAUUGCUUUAUCAGAGACAGCCAUGUUUGACAGUGCUGUGCAGGUUGCCAAGGAAAUGACCAAUGAUGAGGACACAUUGAUAGUGGUAACGGCAGACCACUCCCACGCCUUCAUGAUUGCUGGAUAUCCCAGCAGAGGGAACGAUAUUCUGGGGACGGUUGAUUCUGCUCCUGGGGAUGAUGGGAUGCCGUACACAACCUUAAACUAUGGAAACGGUCCCGAACAAAGAAGGAAUCUUACGGGGGUCGAUACCACCUCCUUCAGCUUCCAACAGUCCGGAGUGGUUCCGAUGAGCUCUGAGACUCAUGCUGGGGAAGACGUUCCUGUCUACGCUACAGGACCAAUGGCACAUCUUUUAGUGGGAACUCAUGAACAAAAUUACAUAGCGCAUGUGCUAGCCUAUGCUUCCUGUGUCGGCCCAUACCCGGGGCGAUGUGACGUCACUCCUUCUGCCACACAUUCUGGUGCUUCUAAUACUGUGAUCUCAUUUCUCCUUCUGUUUUUGUCGUGUUUUCUCUGUUUCCUUUGAAAUCCAAUUUUAUUCCAA